CUCUGGCUAUUCAAGUGGCACCCCAGUUUCAAACAUGGUAAAAGGUUGAUUUUUUUAUUUUGGUCGAAAGGAUAAAAGGUUGAUUAAUUCGGUGGUAAAUCCACACGAAAGUGUUCCGAUGUCACUGUCGAUUUUGGACGUAUCUGAUCAAAUAAAGGGAUUUGAUAAUUAUUUAUAUGGUAAAUAAUCUGAAGAGUAAAAAGAGCAAACAAGAGGAAGCGAGCCAGCAUUAGAGUGUCCGUCUCCCCAGAAAGAAGCAGAACUGCACCACUGGAGCUUGAGAGCUUUGGGAAACCAAGGAAGCUCCCGAAUGCAAGCUCACCAACCCACGUUCCACCGCUUUGUCGCCCUCUCGAACCGAUGGUGGCACCGACCGCCGAGCAAGUUUCGAGCUUUUUGCAGCUCCUCGUCUUCUUCGGAUUGCUCCAACCAGUCUCGCGGUGGUCUCCCUCGCUUCUUCUCCGACGUCCUCCCUCCUUCCAAGGGUGGGGUUGUUCGCGUGCAAGGAGAUGAAUUCUGGCAUAUGACCAAAGUGUUGAGAUUGAGCACAAACGACAGGGUAGAGCUCUUCAAUGGGAAGGGAGGAUUAGUUAGGGGAAACAUUCAGAGUGUUGAUAGAGCUGGAUUGGACUUUGCUGCUCUGGAAGACCCGAAAUUGGUCCCUCGUCAAAGGCCGCAGUGGCAUGUAUUUGCUGCUUUUGGAUCUCUAAAGGGUGGUCGAGCUGAUUGGCUUGUUGAGAAAUGUACGGAGCUGGGGGCUAGCAGCGUAACUCCUCUUUUGACAGAGCGAUCUCCUUCAGUCUCAGAAAAUAGGGUCGACAGGCUGCAACGGCUCAUCUUAGCUGCAUCAAAGCAAUGUCAGCGGCUUCAUGAAAUGGUACUUAAGCCUCCACAAAAAAUCAACGACAUUCUACCUUAUGUUCAGAAGUCAAAGCUAUCUUUACUUGCUGUUGCAGAAGCUCCUUCUCUUAUGAGUGCAUUGACUUCAAGCAGAAUUGAACCUGAUGGGAUUAUGAUUGUUGGACCUGAAGGAGAUUUUACUCUGAAAGAGCUGAGUAUACUGAUGGAAGCAGGUGCUACUGCUGUUGGCCUAGGGCCACAUCGCCUACGGGUAGAAACUGCCACAAUAGCCCUUCUGGCAACACUCAUGUUAUGGUCUGAUCAUCAUCAAGUGACUAAAACUUGAUUGCUGUUUCAUGCCGUAUCUUCCUCCAGCAUGGUGCUCAUAUCACCCAUGCCAAAAGGAUGAAGCACUGAGUGUGCAUGUUGCAGAUGAUGCUCCACUUACUGAAUCGCGUUUUAACUUGUACUCGCAAUCGGAGAUACGGCAUCCCAAUUCCAGCUGCUGCUGCUGCACCACUGAGGUGAUUAGAAUUCAGAUGACUGUUCAGUAGACAUGAAAGAAAGACAGCAUCGUCGUUCAAGAAAUAAUUAGCUUUUCUUUUUUUUUUUCUCUUGGUCUUUUUUUCUGGAAGAAAGAAGCCAAUUUGAUGAGGCACUGAUCUAGAAGUCCAGAACAAAAAGGUUAGCAGAUCCUGGGUCAAAGCUCAGGCCAAUAUUGUCGUCGAUGUUGCUUUUGUUUGGGUACGGGGAAUUCAAUGUGUUUGACUCGGGUUUUGGAAGGCGGAGAAUGUGAAUGUUGGUGCACCUGUGGAAAACUAU